UCUGUGUGUACUUGCAGCGGUGGGUCCUUGUGUGUCGGUCGCACAUCCUCUCUGUCGCACUUCCUCGUUCAGCGUCGCUACGGCAUCGAAAGUGAAAGUUUGCUGAGGUCGGUAAAUCAGAUAGGCUGCACGAAUGAACCCAAGCAUCUGACAGUAAAGUUCAGGAGUGAAAAUGCCGACACACAUCAGACGGACAUCAGGAUGAAUCACUACCUCGUGUCGAGGUUCAGAAAGAAACUAAAAAGCCUUCCUGUUGCAGAUUACCAUGGCCUCAAGAGUCCAGGUCUUACAUGUUACCUGAACAGCGUGCUUCAGGUGCUUUUCAUGACAGAAAACUUUCGCGACGCUUUGAAAAGCAGUCCAGAUCAGCAGCGUGCCAGUAAAGAGCCACCAAUCGUUGACCCAGAGCUGAGAAGGCUGUUUGAUGAUUUACAGAAACAGUUGGCCGAAACACGUAAGAUCACAGAGAAGCUGGGCAUCACAGACGUAUUUGAACAACGUGAUGCUGCUGAGUAUUUUGAGAAGAUUUUGUGUAUGACGAGCCAAGACGCUUCCAAGAUGGGUGCACGGCAACUUUUUUGUAUCCAGAUCUUUAAGGGAGAGCUGAAUCACAGGACAACAUGCUGUAAGUGCGACACGAAGAACGAUUCCAGGAGCUUCUUUUGGAUUCUGCCACUAAUGAUGGAAGAUUCAAGAUAUAAAACCUACAAUUUGGAGCAAGGACUCGAAGCUUUCUUUGAGUUACAACAAGUAUCUGGUGAUGACCAGAUAUACUGCAGCCGCUGUGAUGAAAAGCAAAAUGCAGACAUUAAAUGGGAGAUAACACAACAUCCAGAUGUUCUGACCCUCCUGCUGAAGAGAUUUACCUUUGACUACAAGCUGAGGUGCUACGUCAAGCUUCACUGCAAAGCUGAUGUGCCUCAAACUUUACACUUGGAGAAAUGUACUUAUGAGCUCUACGCCGUGGUUAACCACUUUGGCAGUCUCACAGGAGGACACUACACCGCAGAAAUCAAAUCAUAUGAAAAUGGGCAGUGGUACAGCUUCAAUGAUGGACGUGUUGAAAGUGUCAAACUAUUUUUUGCUAAAGAAAACCCACUGAGGUCUUCUACAGCUUACAUCCUCCUGUACAGGAAAGUGAGCAAAGAAGCUCCAAACACUGAAGGAGGAGACCACGACGAUCAGUGUGCACUUUCAGAUGUCAAGGCUGAAGGAAGGAGUCGUGAGGCCCACAGAGGAGACGCUGAUGUUCCUCAUUAUCAACCAGAGAGAUAUUAUGACAAAGGGAAGGACAUUUUAAAGAGCUUCAAUGGGGAUUUGCCGAAAAGCUGCUGUGAUGAUGAAAUUUUGGGAAAACUGAUGAACUUUAGUGGAGAACCGGAUAAACAGUCAAACCAAAGAGCAGCACAGAUAAACAAAACAACUGACAAUCGAAUAAGCAUUAAAGCAGAUGCGCAGUGGCUUGAUUCAAAUACAAAGACACACGUGUAUCCUCAUAUCAGCAAAACAGAAAAUGUGAGAACACGGAAAAUUCACGAGACUCAGCAAAACAGUAAUUCCCAAAAGAAACGCCAGAAUGCACAAGACACUUUCUGGGAAGUUAGGGACAACACUGAUACUAAGACUGGAACAAAAACAAGUGAACCAAGGAUUAUUCCAGGAAGAAAUAGAGAGAAACCUGGAGAGACUAAAGCUGAGGAAAAGAAGAAGGAAGAACUAAAAGAAGCAUCAGCACGAGAAUACAGCAGGCCUGUUAGACGGGGAAGGAACGGUUCUGUCUCUGCUGCUGAUAAAAGGAUUUGUAGUUGUUACUGUUGUUCAGUCCUGAACCCAACAAACCACUCCAAGAGUCACUGUACAAUCAAUGAAGCCUCUAAUUAUAAAAAAUCAGUAAAUCAGGGCAGAAAUGUAAAUACCUUAAACAGCAACAUUAUGAAAGAACAGCAUGUUGUUACUACAGACAGCAAACUCAAGACCAAACACAAGCAACAACAAACUGCAAGCAUGACAGAGAAAAAAUGUGUUAUGAAAGAGCCUUGGAAGUGAUGUUGUUAAUUGUGACCGGUAAACUGUGAUCAGGAAUGCAUUUGUUUACAUUGUUAUAUGUCAAUGUCUUUCUUAUUUACUAUUGGCUAAUGCACAUAGGUAAUCAUAGUUUUCCCAGUUUGGGCCUCUACACAUGUUCUCUGUAAAUCCAAAUAAAUCACUAACAAACUGUGUAUGUAUUUAAAA